ACCGGAUUCCGGUAAUCUCUCUCCAAUUUUCCGUACCCUUCUUCACAAACCGCUUCAUAUAUAAAUAAAUUCUCUCUAACGACCCUCCUCCUUUACCCUUUCUUCUUCCCUAUAAAAAGCCUAUUUAAUCCUUGCUCUCUCUCGGUGUGAGAUCAUAUAAUAUGGCUGACGAUGAGGAUUUCCAAGGUGCAGCAGGGAUUUGCGGUGAGAACUGGUGGAGGAGUAUUGAUUCAACAAGGAGUGUGUUUCCUCCUCUAACCUCAUCAUCAUCACCAUGUUCAACUUCACCUUGUUCCGUGGCACCACCCACCGACACUAGAACUUGGCCAAGUAGUGAUGAUCAUCAUCAUUGUUUCAUGGAUUUGAAGGCACCGGCGUGUGAUAUUAUUAGUAACACUAAUAAUAAUAAUUACCAUAUGAGUUUUCAUGAUGCACAAGAGAAGCCACACAACAACAAGACUACUACUAAUGAAUCACAAAGUGGAAGCAUGUUGAUCGAUUCAACCUUCCAAAUGAUGGGUUUUGGCUUGUCUUCACCCAAUUGGGAUCAUCAAUCUCUGUUAGACAAUAAUAAUUCACAAAUAAUCCAAAAGGAUUAUUGGAGCAGAAAGAACUUUGGAACCCAACAACAACAAGUUUCAAGUACCAUGGAUGUUUUCAAGCGCAUGAACAACCAAGAAUUUUCCUCAUCAACUUAUGGUUACCCGUCAUCAACACUGAUUCAAACAUUAUAUGAUCCACAGCAGCAGCCACAGCGCUCAUCAUCAUCAUCAUCAUCAUCACUUUUCACCAACCGUUCCAUGUCCUAUUCAUCAUCUUCUACAGUUAAUUAUCAUCAUGCCUCCGAUGAAGUGUCACUGUCACCAAUCACAUGGCCUAAACUCUUUUCUUCUUCUUCUUCUUCAUCAUCAUCUUCUUCUUUAUCACUACUUCCCCCAAUGGCAAAGCACCCUGACAAUAACAAUAACAAUAUUGGACUUCACUUUUCCAACAACAACACCCCUUUCUGGAACGCUUCCUCCGACGCACUUCACGACAUUAGAGCAGGUGCUUUUCCUUUUGAAGAAGAAGACAACAAACCCAAUUCCCCCAUUAUUCUACUCAACAAGCUUAAGAGCGAAGAAUUGUGUGUGGACUCGGAAAAGAAAAAUAAUAAUGUUUGCUCAUCACCACCUCCAUUAAAAAGGGCAAGAAUUGAAACUCCACCCCCUUUACCAACUUUUAAGGUUCGGAAAGAGAAGUUAGGGGACCGAGUUACUGCUCUUCAGCAACUGGUUUCACCUUUCGGAAAGACCGACACUGCAUCCGUUCUCCACGAAGCCAUUGAGUACAUCAAGUUUCUUCACGAUCAAGUUAGCGUAUGUUUUGAGUACUCCAUAUAUGAAGAGUGGAGCUUCCAUUCAACCCAAUCAGGAAUGUAAUGAUUGGAAAGAGUCACCAGAAGUGGCAAAACGAGAUUUGAGAAGCCGAGGGCUAUGUUUGGUACCAAUUUCAAGCACAUUCCCGGUUGCUACGGAGGUGAGUGCUGAUUUCUGGACGCCAACAUUGUCAUUCGGAGGAGCACUUCUAAGAUAGAGAGAGAAAAGACAAUUUUGCAUGUGUGAGAGGAGCUAGCGAGGGAGGAUCGGGAUUGGGGGUUGUUGAAGAGGAAAAGCUACCAAGACAAGAAAAUAGAGAAAAGAAAGAAAAGAAGGGAAAGCAACAAAGUGAGAAAGAAACAAGAAAUUAAAGUAAGUGACCCUUCAAAAUGCUGGGCCAGGCUAUACAAGCAGAAUGAUGUAGCCUGCCAAGUGAUUAGUGACCACUCAAACAUUUUAAGGUUAAUAACCACCAUCACUAUAUAUGGUCGGUGACACCGGGUAGGAACAAGUGCUAAAUUCAGCCACAAUUAACAUUACAUUAUAGAUAUAUUAAAACUUUAAUUUGUUGUUGUUGAGGGGCAGAAUUUAGCAGAUGGGGUAGUUAAUAAGGUGCCUUUUGUUCCUGCUCAUUCCUUUUUAUUUCCUUUUAUUACUAC